CGAAAGACGCGAGUUAGCUGCCUAGAAGUGAAGAAGGAGAAGGCGCAAGUGGGAAAAAGGGUUGUUUUAGGAUGCCCUCCAAAUCUCUGGUCAUGGAAUAUUUGGCUCAUCCUGGUGCUUUCACCUUGGCUGCUGGAGUUGCUUGUGGUAUGUGCCUGGGCUGGGGCCUCCGAGUACGUUUUGGGAUGCUUUCCAAAGGCUUGACGAGCAAGACAGACACAGAGACAGGCACUGAAGCAAGCAUCUUAGGAGAAAGUGGGGAGUACAAAAUGAUUCUUGUGGUUCGAACUGACUUAAAGAUGGGAAAAGGAAAAGUGGCUGCCCAAUGCUCUCAUGCUGCUGUUUCUGCCUACAAGCAGAUUCAAAUGAAAAACCCUGAAGUGCUCAAACAGUGGGAGUAUUGUGGCCAGCCCAAAGUGGUGGUCAAAGCUCCCGAUGAAGAAACCCUGGUUCAGUUACUGACCCAUGCGAAAAUGCUGGGACUGACUGUAAGUUUAAUCCAAGAUGCUGGACGUACUCAGAUUGCACCAGGCUCUCGAACUGUGCUAGGAAUUGGGCCAGGACCAGCAGACUUAAUUGACAAAGUCACUGGUCACCUAAAACUUUACUAGAUGGACUUUUACGACGACAAUUCCUCUAUCAGGUGUUUGAUGCUUGUCAAAUUUUAACAAUAAAAGCUGAAUUUCUUCCCUCAAUUUAAAUGUUCUUGAGAUGAAAAUAAAACCUAUUCCUGUGCU